AUGGAGGAGAGAGGCCGCGUGCUGCUGCUGCUGCUGCUGCUGCUGCUGCUGCCGCUGCCGCCGCCGCUGGUGGCCCUCCUCCGGGCCAUCCUGCUCAUGCUCACGCCCAUGGUCAUCAGCAUCCACCUCCUCAGCAUCUCGCGCCGAAGCAUCAGCAUCAUCUGCAACAGCAGCAGCAGCACCACCACCACCAACAACAGCAGCAGCAGCAGCAACAGCAACAACCGCCGCCACAGCCACCGCCCCCACGACGCCUUCUCAGGCUACGACGGCCUAUGCCUUCAGAGAAUCGGCGUACAGUCACGCAUUGCAUUCAUCACCCGGUAA